GCUGGGAUCAAAUGGGUGCCUUUAAAGGACAAAAAGUCAUUUGGAUUUAUGUUCAACUAAAUCUGCAAUAAGCAAGAAAGUAAAUUUUAUUCUAGAACUAGACCUUAGUUAAAGGUUUUCUGUACAAUUUUAGUCAAAGUGCAAAGUUACCUUGUGCAGCCUUAGCUAACAAUCAGUAUAUAGGUACCUUUAGGUGGGAAGGAACAUUGUCUCAGUCGGUCCACCACUUUGGUAUAGACUGAAAUAUCUCAAAAACAAUUGGAUAGAUUGCCAUGACAUUUUGUACAGAGAUUGAUGGUGCCUAGAGAAUGAAUUGAAAUGCCACUAGCAUGGCUGUGUAGUCCUAGUCUUGUUACAUAUCUAUGCUUGUGUCUUGAAGCUUACAAAGACGAGUAGCACAAGAAUUACAAACCUAAAACUAAACAAAAAUACAACACUGGUUGGGUGGGUAAAAAAGCCAGUUAACAAACCUCUGCCUAAGGAGUUGAAAUCAAAAAUCUGCAUUUAGGACAAACUAUAUUAGAUGUUUUUGCUAUGGUCAGUGAACAAGAAAUCACAAGAGCAGCAUACAGUAGCAUAUACAAAGUGUAUUAACAUGAAACCUGGUUAUGACCCUUAAUAACUCACUGUCUUUCAACCAUCCUUGGAAUGCACUAAUCUCAGUCUGACCUUCAGUACCACUCACCUCCCCUGCUGGAAGCUACACCUCUUGGGUGGCGGAUAAGUCAAAAACGUCAAUAAAAAAUUUCCCUUUCCCUGUGACCAGAACUAAAAAGAGACUCAGUUUUCACAACCUCACGUCAACAGCGCCAUUGAUCAGUCUGAAUGCAGAUAGAACUGCAAGCCAGCAAGAGCUGAAAGCCGGAAAAAGGAAGAGAAAAGAGACAGAAUAAUAUGUGGGAGCAUCAGAUCUUAUAGCGUCACUGAGAAAGCACACAUCUGUAAUAUUUAUAGUAAUGACUUCAGCUUGAACACAUAUCUGUUUAUGUAUUCCUCAAUGUUUUGAGGAGCAGCUCUUGUUCCAAUCUGUUCUAGUUCCAUGCGAUGUGCUUCAGUUGAAAUAUCACAUCAGUCAUUCUAUUGUCGAGCCAUAAUUAAUUCUUCUUCUCACAAAAAAGUGUCAUACACGCAGAAAAUGCAAUGUACUGAUCCUGGUCAGCUAUCCUGAUGAGCUGUAUUUAGAAAGAAACAUAAUUUGGAAGUCACAUACAAUACAGUGGUAUGCAAGCUUAAAGCCACAUCCUAUUAAAUUGAAAUUGAAUGAACACGACAUUGUAUUCAUGCAUCUUGUCUGAGGUAGUCAGCAUAAUUGAGGUAGACUUUAUAUUCUCUUUCUCAAUAAUGUGAAUGGGACGGGAUUCCAUACAAAGUUUGACGUGUUAUUUUAAAAUUCAGCUUUUAUACACAUACGCUAAAGUCUCCUUUUAAAUCCAAAAUUAUCAUAAGAAUCUGUCUGAACUCCGUGUGCAAAUGUGUGCGACAAAAAUACAUAGUGAGAUAACAUAAGCAUAUAGCAGUGUCCAUGAAAAUAAUCUUUGUAACACAAUCAAUAUCAUGCAUUCCUAUGUGUGUGUCUGUCUUUAUGGAGUCUGUGUGAGAGAGUCUGGUUCCAACAUGUGGAUCUAUGUGUUCCUCGGGAAUGCUCUGCGGGGGAUUGGAGAAACGCCGGUAACACCUCUGGGCAUCUCCUAUAUUGACGACUUUGCUAAAGCAGAAAACUCCCCUUUCUAUAUAGCUUGUCUCCAGACCAUUACUCUCCUGGGGCCCAUGUUUGGUUUCCUCUUAGGCUCCUAUUGUGCCAAACUAUAUGUCGAUAUUGGUUAUGUUGAUAUGGAAAGUGUGACCAUCACUCCUAAAGAUGCCCGCUGGGUGGGCGCCUGGUGGAUGGGCUUCCUGGUGUCCUCUGCCUUCCUGCUCAUCUCCAGCAUUCCCUUCUGGUUCCUGCCCCGCUCGCUGCCAAAGCAGGAGGGAGAUGAGGGCAAGCCAACUCCCACCCCUGAGAUCCUUGAUAAAACAGAGGAUACCCUCAACACCAAUCACAACCUCAAGUUGACUGAGAUCGCUAAAGGGUUUCUUCCCUCAUUGAAGCGCCUGUUAGGAACUCCUACUUACUUCCUGCUCCUUUGUGGGAGCAUCCUGAAAUUCAACUCUUUCAUUGGCCUGUUUACCUUCAAAGCCAAAUACAUGGAGCAGCAGUUUGGACAGUCUGCAUCUAGGGCCAACUUCCUCAUAGGUGUGUUGAACCUGCCAGCAGUGGCAGUUGGGAUCUUCCUGGGAGGGCUCCUCAUGAAGCGGUAUAAACUGAGUUUGGUAUCAGGAGCUCAGCUCUCCUUUGCCACAUCCUUCAUGGCAUACCUCCUUCUGCUGCUGCAGUUUGGCACAAAGUGUGAUAACAUUCCCGUUGCUGGGCUCACCGUCUCAUACAACGGGACGCAGACUGUGUCAUCCAACAGAGAUAUGCUCUUCUCAGAGUGUAACAGAGACUGCUCCUGCUCAGCAGAGGAGUGGGACCCUGUGUGCUCAGACAGCGGCAUCACCUACAUCUCUCCAUGUAUGGCUGGCUGCCUCAGCUCCAGUGGAUACGGCAAGAACACAGUCUUUCACAACUGCAGCUGUGUGUCUGCUUCCUACCCAGCAGGCAGCAGUACGUCAGUAAGGUUGGGCCAGUGUCCUCAUGCUAAGGACUGCAGCCGCAGUUUCACCUCCUACAUGGCUGUGUCUGUUCUUAGCUCCUUUAUCAACUCUCUGGGAGCCACACCUGGCUACAUGGUCAUCAUACGAUGCAUCUCACCAGAGCUCAAAUCCCUUGCGCUGGGUAUCCAGACCAUGUUAACUAGGACUCUUGGUGGAAUUCCUGCACCUGUGUAUUUCGGAGCCCUGAUUGAUUCAACUUGCCUCAAGUGGUCAGUCAAGAUGUGUGGGGGCAGGGGGGCAUGUCGAAUUUAUGACUCUGCUAUGUACAGGGUCAUCUUCCUGGGUCUAAUCACUUGUCUCAGUGGUUCCUCAUAUUUCUUCAUCAUUGCUGUCAUCAUCCUCCUUAGACGACAGUUUCGUAAACCGGAACGAGAAACAGAGAUGCAGCAUACAAAAGCUUCAAAGGAAAUUGAACUUCAAGCCACAUCAAAUCCCAGUGAGGAGCCUAACGUUCCUAAAACUCCCAAACUGUCUCAUGCUCCCAAAGUUUGUGGAAGGAUCACAACACAGCUGGAGAACACCCAGGAGAGGCAACAGCUCAGAUCCGUGACAGAGACCACUGUUGAGUUUAGUCCUCUUCCAAGAGAGGAAGCAAAGAUAGAGACGAACUUGCUGCAGUCAGAGGAGGAAGUAAAAGAGGGAAAAGAUGAGUUUUGCAAAGAGACGAGUGCACAGGUGGAAAAAGAAAUGUUGAUCCAUCACACGGAUGACAAGAAUGAGUUAGCGAAAGAACCAACACAGAGCAGAGAAACUAAUGGACCACAAAACUAAAGUGCUCACCAAUGUGUUAUCUAAAACACAGUCAAACAAGGCCAAGCGGGACCAUUGUAGAAAUUUUACUGAGUUUGACCAAAAGUCACAAUUACUUGGAAUGUCAGGAGGGAUUGCUUUUUCAUCUGGGCUAUAGCAUGCUCUAUCAUAACAGUAUUUUCCACCAUUUUGUUACAGGAAAUAGCUGUUAUAUUACACUCAGUCCUGAAGAAGAAAAGGGCUUCCAGUGGUCCCAUUUUCACAGCUGUAGAAGCAUUCGAUGAAACUUGAAAAAGCACUGAUGUGCAGAGUGACAACAUGAUUACACAGUAGCCUUGCAAGGCCCAGCCUAAAAAACAUUAUAGCUUAAACGUCUUGGUCAACAUAAAUGUUUUUCUUUUUAUGUCAAUAAAUGAAUCAUAGAAUGUGUUA